AUGGCUUCUAUUCAAAAGAAGGAGCCUUUGUGGUUGCCCAACCCUCAAAGCAUCUCCGAAACCAACGCCGCCAAGUUUAUCAGCUAUAUCAACCAAAAGCAUGGCCUUGCGCUCCAAACUUACCAUGAAUUGCAUCGCUGGUCAACGGCUAAGGCAUCCAUCCAAACCUUCUGGGAAGACGCUUUCAUUUGGCUUGAACUGCCUCCUCCAGAUUCCCAGCAUGUCCAUCGCAUGCUCGGACAUUCGAACUCGGCCAAAGGGGGUAUGUUCCCCCCUGCAGAAUUCUUUCCCGCGAGCUUACUCAACAUUACGGAGAACAUACUGCGCGGUCGAGCAGACAACGAAGUAGCCAUCCACUUUGCCCGUGAGGGCAUCUCUGGUAUUGAGCCUGUUACAUGGAAAUCUUUGAAAGAGCGUAUUCGUGCGAUCCGCAGCGCUAUGGUAAAUUCAGGAGUUGUCAAGAAUGAUGUUGUGGCAGCCGUCAUCUCGAACUCGGUUGAUGCAAUGGCAAUUUGUCUAGCUGCCCUCUCUCUAGGCGCUGUGUGGUCCUCGUCCUCAUGUGAUCUAGGGAGCACGGGUAUCGUAGACCGAUACAGGCAAAUCAGCCCGAAAUUGGUGUUUGCCGAUAAUGGCUACACCUACGCAGGGAAAACUAUCAAGCUCGGUGACCGCAUCGUGGAUUGGUCUCAUCAACUGGACUGCGACCAAACUCUUAAAAAUGUGGUUUUAAUUCCAUAUUGCAAUGUCCCCGUCGCCCUUGAGGAGAUUCAUCUGGGAUGCACCAUGCAGUCGUUCUUGCAACGAGAUACUGGGGAGCAACUGAACUUCAAGCUAGUUCCGUUCUCACAUCCUGCAUUUAUACUCUUCUCUUCAGGAACGACUGGGAAGCCGAAAUGUAUAGUUCAUAGUACUGGGGGCGCGGCUUUAAAGAUCAAGACAGAUUACACACUUCAGCACGAUGUUAGAAAUACAGACACGGUUUUUCAAUACACAACAACAUCUUGGGUCAUGUGGGUUUUGAAUCUGCUUAAUCUUUCGUGCGCCUCCUCUAUGCUCCUAUACGAUGGCUCCCCAUUCCAUCCUAGGCCAACAAUACUUCUAGAGCUUGCCGAGAAGACAGGAGUUGGGGUGUUCGGCACCUCUCCACGUUAUCUAACCGAAUUACGAGACCAUGGUAUCAUCCCCUACAAAAGCUUUAACCUCAGCAAAUUGCGUGUUGUGACCUCUACGGGUUCCAUCCUAUCUGAGGAUAUUUAUCGCUGGUUCUACUCCAAGGCUUUCCCCCCAAGCGUGCUGUUAUGCUCCAUGAGUGGAGGGACAGAUAUUGCUGGCUGCUUCGUAGGAGGGACCCCUCUGCUCCCUGUGUACGCUGGCGAGAUCCAAUGCAAGGCCUUGGGAAUGGCAGUGGACAUCUUUGAUGCGACACAGCUUAACCCUGUUUCCCUUGGAAACAGCGCCGAAGCCGGUGAGCUAGUAUGCACAGAGCCGUUUCCGAGCCAGCCUCUCGCUUUUCUAGGAGAGGACGGCAAUGAGAGAUACCGAUCGUCCUAUUUUGAGCGGUAUGGCACGACGAUCUGGUGCCAAGGUGACCUUGUGAAGCAACUUCCAGAUACUGGGGGGCUGGUAAUGCUUGGGCGAUCCGAUGGCGUCCUCAACCCAUCUGGCAUCAGGUUUGGCUCGGCUGAGAUCUACGCUGUUACGGAAACCUUCCCAGAAUUGUCCGAUAGCAUUUGUGUAGGGCAGAAACGCGAGUUUGAUGCGGAUGAACGCGUUCUAUUGUUCAUCAAGAUGAAGUCAGGAUCCAGGCUUGACACAGGUCUUGCCCAGAGGAUAAGUGGCGCUAUCCGAGAUCGAUAUUCGCCACGACAUGUUCCCAAGUUCAUCUUUGAAGUGGCGGACAUUCCUUACACCGUGAAUGGUAAGAAGUGCGAAAUCAACGUCAAGAACAUAGUCAAUGGGCGAAAGUCUGUCGCGAGUGGCACCAUCGCCAACCCCGGAGCGCUCGAUUUAUAUGAAAAGUAUUGGCAGCUUCCCAAGGAGGGCAGAGAGGCCUCUCAUACGCCUAAGAAUUAUGAGCCAAAGCUUUGA